AUGAAGGCCUCCAUUCUACUCAUUGCCGCUUCUGCCGGCGCAGCUCUCGCUCAACCCGCUGCUCUCACUGAGCGCGGCAGUGUAUGCCCUACUACGCUCUAUAGCAUCCCUUCCUGUUGCACUACCAGCGUUCUGGACGUUGCAACCCUUGACUGCCACACUCCUUCGAGUGCAAUCGGCGUUGCAGACUUCAAGAGCAGUUGCGCUGGCGCAAUGGCUAAAUGCUGUACCGUGCCUGCCGCCACGCUUGACGUCCUUUGCACGGAUGUGGUGGAGUAA